UUGCAUUAUGUUGAGAGGAGGGAGAAGGCGCGUGAACACACCGGCCUGAAGGACAAGAAUAAAGAGAUUUAAGAGCGGCAGCAGUUAUUUAACGGAGGAACAUUCCUGUAGUUCGAGUGAAGUCUUUAUUUAUUUGUUUCUUGUUAGAGUAUUUAUUAUAUUUCUUGAAAAGAUGAACGGAGUGACGAGAAGUCUGUGCACGUUUGAGGACAUUAGAAGUCAAGAAUAUGGGGACGGCUGCAGGCGACUGAGGCUCACACUUCACAACCAGAGCCCGGCAGAGAGGAGCACAGUCCAGCACAGGGACAAGCCCGUCGGACGAGCAUUUGCACUGGUGCAGCCGGCCGUCGACAGGACCUCUCUGACCCCCGAACCCGUCAAAUCUACAGAGGAGCAGGUGGAGGUAAUCAAGGUUUAUUUAGAGGCACGCAAUCAGGAGCAACAGAAGCACCAGCAGAGCCUGAAGAUGCUGUCAGAUGAAGUUUCACAGAUCCAAGAGGUGAGGUACUGCCUGAAGACGCUGAGGGAGCAGAUGGCAGCCAAAAGCAAGCCGCACACAAACGGCUGGAAAGUUGGCAUUCCCUUCAAGAAGAGCGGCUUUUCUACCUCCAAGGGUGGAGCUAAAGCUGAUGGACAGGAAGCAGAUGACGAAGCAGAGAGAGCCAAGCUAAGGGAAGUCAGUAAGCGCAUGUAUGCACAGCUCCAGGAGGCAGAGAAGAAGCACCACGAGGAGAAAGAGAGGUUUCAGGUUGAAAGCAGCAGGCUGAAAGAGCACCUGAGCAGCCAGGAGCAGAAGUUAAAGACAACAGAAGAAGCAUGUAUAAGGAAAGACCUGCGCAUAGAUGAGCUGCAGAGACUGCUGGGAGGAAUGGAGCAGGAGAGCUCCACCCUGCGAGAGGCCAUCCGCAACCGUGAGGAGGAACUGCGCGAGCUGCACAAGAUCAGAGAGGAAGGCCAGAAAGGAGACCUAAGGGCUGAGCAGCUGGAGAGGGAGGUGGCCAUUCUUAAAGAAAAGAUCCACCAUCUGGAUGACAUGUUGAAAAGCCAGCAGAGGAAAGUCAGACACAUGAUUGAGCAGCUCCAGAACUCUCGCAUGGUGAUUCAGGAAAGGGACCGUGUGAUCAAAGAGCUGGAGGAGAAAGUGGCUUUCUUGGAGGCUGAGAACCGAGAGAUGCAUGACCAGAUGGACUACUUCCUCGGAGGACAACGGUCAAAUUCCUACCUAUCAUCAGAGCGCAACCCCCAGAUCGUCUAUAGCAAACCGCUCAAGCCGUCCUCCUCGUCCAACAAACCGCUCCCUUUCAUCAAAGUCAUCGAGAUAAAGUCAUGAAGUGAAUGAGAAGAAGAAACACAAAGAAAGUGUCCAGAAGGGUUCAGAACCACCAAACAUUUUUUUUUUAGUACAGACUGAAACCAAACAGCACCACAUCUUAUCACAUGAAUGUUUGGGGCUUCAGAGCUGAAACUGUUUCUGAGACUGCAAGAAACAUCAACGCUUACACUAAACCACAAACACUCCUGAAGGAAACUGUAUGGUGUUUGCAUUUAUGUCAGCUUUAGAGUAAAUUCACAGAGUGUACCGUGUUACAUGUUACAUGUUAUACUGGGUUCUGCAUGACUUUGUUUUCUCGUCCUGCCCUAUUUUGAUCGCUUUUAUAACCUUUCAGUUUACGACAUUGACGUUGUAUCGCGACUAAAAUAUGGGGCAUAGUGCAGACGCUUUGUUUUGCCAAAGUGGGUUAGGACAUUGUCAGUCCAUAUUCAGGAAUGUAGCAAACAAAGCUAACUAAGUUAAAACUCCAUGUAAAAAAAAAAAUCAUUAACAAGUCGACCUACUUCCUGCAUCUUUGUACUCAUUAGUCAUUCACCCAUGACUCCAUUCACUUUGUUAAGUGAAUGGUAAAUUGCUUUGAGCAUGUAAAUACUGACUGUAGCCUAUAGAAAGUAGAAAACAUGCACUGAAAAGAGCUGUUUUUACAUUCAAGCCCUUAACAUUAUGGCACCUUAUGAAACUGUGAGGAAGCAGAAAGAAGUGUCAGCAAUAAUGAAGAAAUUUCAACGUAUCUGCUUCAAGUGUCAUUUUUGUUCUUAAUAUUUCUUGUAAAACAUAUUUUGUUUUGUAUAUAUUAAUGUAUGCUUGAUGUUUUAACUACUUCCUAACAACUUUCUCCUUUGUAUUUAUUUAUACAAACAAACUAGACAGAUGUGUGACAUUUUUUUUUAAGUGUGUAAUCUGUAUUUGUGGCUCUCAGAAUAAAUGAUUUAAAA